AUGGGAGCAUCCAUGAAGACAGUUGAAAUUUUGCUCAAAGGAUCUUGUGUCAGACAUAACGCCCGGCGAACGGGAUGUGCUUGUUGUAGAGCCCGAGAUGGGGAGUUUGACGAGGCCAAGACAGCGCUCGUGAAUUCAGAUAUGUCGUGGCGAUACAGCGCCUUGAACCAGACCUUCUUGUUUUUCAUCGCUGCUCGAGCUCAUUCGAUGGGUGUUGAUCUUACUUGUGUCGACAGCAACAAGCAGACUCCCCUGUACAAUGCAGCAUCACGAGGCAACAUCACAAUGGUGAAAUUCCUUCUGAACCAUGGCUUUAAAGUUAACUUCACGGAUCGAUGGAACGAGACGGCAAUUUUCCAUGCAAUUCGAAGCAGACAUUUUGACACUGUGAGAUUGCUCAUAGAGCACGGUCAAAUGUGGGUGAGACCCCAGGAAGGCUUUUGCGCGACCACCCCGAAGAGCUUCCCAGCUUGA